UGCCACCAUUCGUUUUAUCCCUUCGGUAUUCAUUUUAGCAAUUCGUAAACAAGGUGGCAUUUUUACCUGAGGGUUUGUGACUGUGAUAAGAUUUUCCUUAAUUAUUUCUUUUUUGCUCAGAAAGUAUGCAUCAUUAGCUUUGAUAUUCAUCAUCUGUAAUGUAAGUCAGAAGGAUGUCAGAAUUUAGCGACUCUUCUGUGAAUCGGACAUCCCCUAUUCCAGGUGGAGAUCUCCAGGUCAAAUAUCAGAGAGUAGCUGCAGAGUACUCAAAAAUUCGUGCUCAAGCAACUGUGCUGAAAAAAGCUGUUGUGGAAGAGCAAGGAAAAAAUGCUGAGCUUCAAGAACGUCUACGGGAAAAAGAACAGAGCCUACGAAAGACAGAUCAAGAAAUAGAAUCGCUAACAUUCCGCAAUCAACAGCUUACAAAAAGGGUAGCAUUCCUGCAGGAUGAGCUUGACAGUUGUCAAAACAAGAAAGUGACCAAGAAGUCGUCCGGUCAGAAGCCAAAUGAACAAAGUAGUAGCAAUGUCUUGGACCUGGAGUUCAAGAAAAUGGUUGAGGAAAAUGCUCAGCUGUUGUCGAAGAUGUACGACUCGGAAGAAGAGCAUAAACAAGAAAUCAGCCUGCUCAAUGAACAAAUAGAUAAGUUUCAAAAAGAGAUAGAUCAGUACAGCAAAGUGAACUCAGUCGCGGAGGAAAAAUUCAAAGCAACAAUCCUAAAGCUAGAACGUGAAAAGGGUGAAUUAUAUGAAACAAUUAAACUUCAUGAGCAGCAUUUGAAGUCCUUAACUGAAGAACUAGUCAAUCUCAAUAAAUUUAAGCUUGAAACUGUCCCGCACUUGGAGGCUGCGCUUCUGAUCAUCGCUACUUACUUGCCAUUUAUUGACACCUCCUCCCCGAAACUAGAAUGUAACAUCUCUAAAGAGCUAACAGCCAAGAGAGAAGUAGAAAACCUAACGCUUUAUUUUACACUAUUUUUCUCAAGCUUGAAAAAAAGACUGCAUUUACUGCACCCUUCUGUAAUGAAAGAUGUGCCUGCAAGUGAAUUCAACACAUCGUUAGCUUGCGAUGUGGUGAGUGACCGGUCCACAAACUUGGCAAAUUUCCUCUCGCCAUUGUUUUUUAAAUUUAGCAAACACUCUAAAUCGCUUCUUCCAUUAUUUCUGCAAAGUCUCAGUGAAGAAGAAAAAGCACCGUGGUGCAAUCCAGAGCUGCGAAAGAUUAACCAGGAUUUGUCAAGAGCUGUACUACAACUCAUGCAGUUUUUCAUGAAAACUUCAUCUUUGCUUGAAAGUUGUGUGGGGCAAACAACUAUGCAAGAGACAGGUGGCGUUAAUGCAGCGUUGAUCAGACUCCUCUUUACGGCAACACGGUCCCUUGAAGAAGUCAGAUCAACUUUUUCCACGAAAGAAAAAGUGGAGAAGGAUAUUCUUUUAGACAACAAAAUGAACUUCGAACUUUUAAAUGUGCAGUCAGAUUUACAAACCACAAAUAUUAAUUGUGUUCAUUUGCUCGCCAGUUUAUCUGCGUCAUUACAGUCGUUACUAAGUCUUCUGUUAGAAUUGAAUUCCUCCGACAUUCCAGAAGAUCUAGCAACUCAGCUCAAAAACCAACUCAACAACAAAGAAGCGAAAUUGGAACUUGAGGCGAAUGUUGCUUCUCUGAGAAAUGUAGUCAAGACUGAGGAUGAUGCUGUGUGGAAAACACAGUUGUUGAAACAAUUGGAAGAAGCACAGGGCACCAUAGUUGAGCUUGAAAAAGAACUGAUAAAAUUCAGAAAUGAAUUCAACAUAUUGAAGAUGAAAGGAGAGCCAGUACCUAGUCCACCUGAACAAGAUCCAAAACAUUUCUCCGAUCCAAAUUUGAUGGGAAAGAUCGAUCCACCAAUAUGCUUACCAGCCGAGGUCGUGGAACGAGAGGAGCAGUUGAAAAAGUACUUCUCCGAACAGAUGAACAGCAUGGUCGUUAAAAAUCAAGAAGCACUUGCCAAAGCUAAUAAUUUUUCACUUGAGAUGCACGCAUUACAGAGGCAUUUGGAGAUAAGCAGCGAAGCGCGGAGAGAGAGCGAAAAGAAAUUGAAUGAAUGUAAUGACAAAGUAUUAGAGCUCAAUGAAAAGCUACAGCUGACAAAGCAGAGUUAUGAAACGCAGCUUUCAACAAUGUCGGAUCAUCUGGCAAACCUCAAUGACAAGCUUGCAGGACAGACAGACCAGCUAGAGCAGUUUAAAAUACAGUUAAACAAUGCCAGAAGAAAAAAGUAGCAUUUCGUCCUCAGUCCUCAGGAGUCAGUUUCGCAAGCAUUUACCUGUGAUAAAGGAUAUUUCCAAGUAUGGAUCAACUUCGAAUUUUUUAAUGUAUACUGCUAAUCGUGAUCCGGUUCUAGCAAGUAUUAUAAUUUUCCCAAGUGGGGAAAAAAAGUAGAACUGUCAGAACUAUUGUUUCAAUUUUUUUCUCUUGUUUUUUUAAGAAUGACGUUAGGAAAGUGCAUCAUCAGGAUUUGUUACUGACAAAUCAGUGACUAAAGCUUGAAAAUUUAGCCUCAAGCGUUCUUUCAACCACUGUCACUCUUGUUUCAUAGCUUUAUUUUUUUAGCAAAUUUUUGAAGGAAGGUUUUCAGGCCAUUUUAGAGAUUUCUCUAAGUUCCUCUUUUUUAGAAUGAUUUCAUUCCGUUCGCAAGGCAGAGGUGCCUAUACGUUUUAAGUAUUGUGAAAAUUAUUUUUAUUUUAGCUUUUGUUUCAAAAGCAAUUUAAUUUUUUAUUUUGGUAAUUGAUAGCUACUUCUGAAAAUUUAUCCUUCAAUUUUUGAUGGGCCAGCAAUGUUUGGACUUUGUAAGUGUUGGGAAAUUGUAACUAUUUGCGUUACCUACUUAUUUUCCUCAGGAAGCACUCAAUGAUCCCCACUACUUUUGAUUUUUCUAUUUUAAACAGAAGGAGUAACAACAAAACCACUCUGAAUUUCCUUAACUUUAUGAUUUUUGCAUCAUGAUUUGGUCUUUUCUCGGGUCUAAUUAUUCAAGAAGUAAGUAAGUAUAUAAAAAAAUCCACAUUUUUUGCAAUAAGCGGCCUUCAGACCCAUGUAUAGACCAGUGUUAGACUCUUAACAGACAGGAAAUUUCCAAAUAUGUGAUGCAUUAUAUAAAAUAUAGAUUUUCAAUGAGCAAAAAAGCAUUAAAUUACUGAAAUUCAGCUAGGGUUGGCCAAAACACAGCCUGUCUCGAUACUCUCCCAAUAAUUUUUGUUGUUGAGAUAAUUGACUGUGUAUUUGACCCCCUUAAAAUCUUACUUUUUGAGAAAAAGUUGAAAACUUUCGCAAAAGAUUGCAAUUCAAAUGCUCUCCUAUCUCCAUCUUCGCUGCCACUUCUCAAGUAAAGUUUUAAUUACAUAUUUUCAUGCCAAAUACAUUCAUAUGAUUUUUUUCAAUUCAAUUCUUUUCAAAGUGUUUGGUUUAAAAUAAAUGAUUAUCAUUAUUUGAUAUCCUGUUUCCAUAGAAUGCAAAAACUAAACCAACACCUAACCGAGAGUUAACAUUACUAGAAACCCGUGUAUUCAUGUAUCAUUGUAUUUUUUAAAUCAUAACAUGUAGUUAAUAACUUUUCUGUCUCUACACAAAAAAAGACACGCCUAUACAGAAACGAUAUUGUUAUUCUGUAAUCUGUUUUAAACGAAUUUGAAAUUAAAGAAAAAUUUGUUACACUUCA